AUGUCUCCUUUUCUCUUAAUUGGAUUUCUGAUGUUGGCUUUUCUCCUAAUCCGACGGCAGUGGAGAUCCGCCGCCGUGAAGCGUGAGGAGGUUCUUAGACUUAUUGAUUUAGCCACCGAGGAAUCUUAUGUGGCAGUAGAGGAGGAGAAGGUUCGUGAGACAGUAGAUUACUCUUCUGUUCCUCCUCCUCCUCCUGAUGUUUAUCUUUGUGUUGUUUGUCAUUACCCAACCACUACUCGUUGUGCUCGAUGCAAAUCUGUUCGUUACUGUUCUAGCAAGUGUCAGAUUCUUCAUUGGAGACGAGGUCACAAGGAAGAAUGUAGACCACCUUCUCUUCCUGAUUAUAAUGGAGAAGAGGAUGAUGCAAAAGAAUCUAAUAUUGAAUUGCCAUCUAAUAAUGAUGACGUGUCUGUUGAUCUUGCUUGUGACAUCUCUAGAAGAAAACCUAGUGUUCAAAAGGUACAAGCAAGGUCUGAAGCUGUGGAUUACACUACUUCUUUAAAUGAAAAAGAUAAUUUCUAUGAGACUAAGCCAUUGAGUAGGAGGAAAUCUCUGAGUCGAACAGAGAAGGUUGAGCCGUUGAGAAAGCAUUUUAAAGGGAAGAGUGGUUUAUUACCUAAGUCAGUUGAUUCGGUUGAAGUGUCAGUUUCGAAUCAUGUUUUGUCAGAAAAGAAUGAACUUGGACAUGGGAAAAUGACAUCUGAACCAUCUAGUAGUGCUCUUGCUGCUGCUACACUGUCAUCUUCAACUAUCUUCUUACCUUCAAAAGCUAAAGUAUCACAAGCUUCUUCAAGUAGUGGGUUGAAAACAUCGAUGCAGAAAGUUGUUCAGCAUUUUAGACCCCCAAAGUUGUCAAAACCAUCUCAACCUUCAACUUCUGUCAAUGAGAUGAGCUUCUCUUAUGAGAUGUUUGUAAAACUUUACCGUGAUAGAAUAGAGUUACAGCCAUUUGGCCUUGUGAACUUGGGGAACAGUUGUUAUGCAAAUGUUGUUCUCCAGUGCUUGGCGUUCACUCGUCCAUUAAUUUCUUACCUAAUUAGAGGAAUACAUUCUAAAGCAUGUCGAAAGAAGAGUUGGUGUUUUGUUUGUGAGUUUGAAUUCUUAAUUUUAAAGUCAAGAGGAGGGGAAUCUCCUCUAUCACCUAUCAAAAUCUUAUCAAGAUUACAAAAGAUUGGAAAGCAUCUUGGGCCUGGAAAGCAAGAAGAUGCUCACGAAUUUUUAAGGUGUGCUGUUGAUACAAUGCAAUCUGUUUUCCUCAAAGAGGCUGAUGCAACUGGUCCGUUUGCAGAAGAAACUACUUUAGUAGGCCUUACGUUUGGUGGUUAUCUUCACUCCAAGAUUAAAUGCAUGAAAUGCCUCCACAAAUCUGAGAGAUCAGAGCUGAUGAUGGAUUUAACUGUUGAGAUUGGUGGAGAUAUAGGAAGCCUUGAAGAAGCUCUUGCUCAGUUUACAGCCUAUGAAGUCCUAGAUGGAGAGAACCGGUACUUGUGUGACAGAUGUAAAUCUUACCAAAAAGCCAAAAAGAAGUUAAUGAUACUUGAAGGACCUAAUAUUCUUACUGUGGUAUUGAAACGUUUUGAGUCUGAUAACUUUGGGAAGCUGAGUAAACCCAUUCACUUUCCUGAGCUUCUUGAUAUUAGCCCAUAUAUGAGUAACCCAACUCACGGAGAUCAUCAUCCUCCCAUGUAUAGUCUUUACGCAGUGGUUGUCCAUUUAGAUGCCACUUCAUUUUCAGGUCAUUACGUUUGCUACAUAAAAACUAUUCAUGGAGAGUGGUUCAAGAUUGAUGACAGCAAUGUUUUCCCAGUUCCAUUAGAGGCUGUAUUACUAGAGGGAGCAUACAUGCUUCUCUAUGCAAGAGAUUCUCCUAGAGCUGUGAGCAAGAACGGUGGUGGUAGGAAACCAAAGGAAAGAAGAAACUUGUCUGCAAUUCCAUCAAGACACGACAAUAACAACAAGAAGAAGAAGCAAGAGAAAGACACUAGUAGCAGUUUGUUGCCACGAGUUGAUUUGUCUAGUGGAAGUUUGUCAUCACUGUUUAGCUCAACAGAGACAACAAGCUCAUGCAGCACAAAAGACUCAUCAGGUUUUGAGAAUUUAUCAGAUUACUUGUUUGGUGGAGUUCAACAGUCUUGGAACCAAGAUCCUCAUGAUUCAUCUGCUCAAACGUUUUAUUGA